AUGCUUCUUGUGAGAAUAAGAUAUCUCCUCCUGCAGCAGCUGCUGCUACUGCUCUCCAUCUUGGCAACCAACUGUGCAAACGCUUCCACAUCUUUGACAGGCCAUGGGGACGAUGAGGCAGCUCUUGUGGCUUUCAAGGCCAAGAUCUCUGGCGACUCUGGCAAGCUGAGCUCCUGGAACGAGAGCACCAGCUACUGCAGCUGGGAGGGCAUCACCUGCAGCAAGAGAUACCCGUGGCGGGUGGUCGCUCUGGACCUCAGUUCCCAGGGCCUCACCGGCACUAUCUCCCCUGCUGUCGGUAACCUCACUUUCCUGCUCUCACUCAACCUGAGCUCCAAUGCCCUUCAGGGAGAAAUCCCUCCCAGUAUCGGCUCUCUCAGCCGCCUCCGGAUCCUUGAUUUGAGUGAAAAUAUGCUCAACGGCGUUAUUCCAAGCAACAUCAGCCGCUGCACCAGCCUCCGUGUGAUGAUGAUCAGUAGAAACAAGGGGGUGCAGGGAAGCAUACCAGCUGAGAUUGGGAACAUGCCGUCGCUUGCUAUUAUAGAGCUGUUCAAAAACAGCAUCACCGGAACCAUCCCAUCCUCUUUUGGAAACCUUUCCCAAUUGACUGUCUUGUUCUUGUCGUUAAAUUGUCUCGAGGGAUCUAUACCAGCAGGAAUAGGGAACAAUCCAUAUCUCAAGUCCAUUCAGCUUAGCGGUAACAACCUCUCAGGAGUACUUCCUCCUUCACUGUACAACACAUCAUCUCUAUAUGUCCUUUUUGUGGCACAAAACAAGCUGCGGGGCCGGUUACCAUCUGAUCUAGGAAAAAGCAUCCAACGUUUGGGGCUUGGAGGAAAUCAAUUUACUGGAGCUCUUCCACAGUCAAUAACUAAUCUCUCCAGGCUCCAGAUUCUACAUAUCGAAAGUAAUCAGUUUUCCGGAGUAGUUCCUUCCGAAUUAGGCAGAUUUCAAAAUCUUGAAGUGCUUGUUCUGGAUGAAAACAAGUUUGAGGCAAACAAUGAGCAAGAAUGGGAAUUUAUUGCUUCUUUGACGAAUUGUAGCAGAUUACACAUGCUGUCCAUUGGAUGGAAUAGGUUUGCGGGGAAAUUACCAAGUUCAUUGGCUAAUUUGUCCACCAACCUCCAGUGGCUACGGACACCCAACAAUAAUAUAUCUGGUGUCAUCCCAUCAGAUAUUGGAAAUUUGGCAAGCCUUCAGCAGCUUGAUUUUAGACAAAACUCACUCACUGGGGUCAUUCCUGAAAGCAUAGGAAAGCUUACACGAUUGGUCUAUCUAAUUCUGCAUUCCAACAACUUUUCAGGACGUAUACCAUUCUCCAUCGGAAACCUCACUGAAAGCAUAGGAAUUGGUGCAUACGCCAACAGCUUGGAGGGCCCAAUUCCACCAAGCAUUGGAAACUUGAGCAAACUUUUAGGCCUAGAUCUAUCAAUGAACAAGCUUACUGGCUUGAUUCCUAAUGAAAUUAUGAAGCUAUCAUCAAUCUCAAUAGGUAUUGAUUUGUCCAACAACAUGCUGGAGGGAUCACUUCCAUUAGAAGUUGGUAAUUUGGUACAUCUUGAACAGCUCAUCCUGUCCAGGAACAAAUUGUCAGGUGAGAUACCUCAUACUAUUGGCAACUGCAGAGCCCUGCAAAUCCUCUUAAUGGAUGAUAAUUUGUUCCAAGGAAGCAUACCUGCCACUUUGAAGAAUAUGCAAAGCCUCACUCGCCUCAAUUUGACAGCCAAUAAACUGAAUGGCAGCAUUCCUGGCAGCUUAGGCAGCAUUACUAGCUUGCAGGAACUGUACCUUGCCCACAAUAAUUUAUCAGGACCAAUCCCAGAAACUUUAGGUAAUUCAACAUCACUGCUCCAUCUUGAUCUAUCUUUCAACAAUUUGCAAGGUGAAGUACCAAAAACGAGGAUUUUCAGAAAUCUAACUGGACUAUCAAUUGUUGGGAACAAUGCAUUGUGCGGUGGAAUACCACAACUCCAUCGGCCAAAAUGUCCAAAUUUAAGAGAAAGAAGGAAUAAGAAAGGUGCUUCAAAGUCUCUUAGAAUAGUAAUCCCAACAACAGGAGCUCUCUUGCUCUUACUGUCAGGGCUUCUUUGGGCUGUAUUUCUUUACAGAAAGUUAAAGACAGCACUGAAGAAAGAAAUGGCACCUCAAUUUGCAGAUAUGGAACUUCCAACAAUUCCAUACAACAACAUACUGAAAGGAACAGAUGGAUUUUCAGAAGCAAAUGUGCUAGGGAAGGGAAGAUAUGGUACAGUAUACAGAGGAACUCUAGAAAAUCAAGCCAUUGUCGUAGCAGUUAAGGUGUUUCAUCUUCAGCAGUCAGGAUCAUACAAAAGCUUCCAGGUUGAAUGUGAGGCACUAAGAAGAGUGAGACACCGAUGCCUUGUAAAGGUAAUAACAUGCUGCUCAAGCAUCAACCACCAUGGCCAAGACUUCAGAGCCCUAGUCUUUGAGUACAUGGCUAACGGCAGCUUAGAUAGAUGGAUCCACUCAAAUUCUGAAAGUCAAAAUGGACAAGGAAAACUCAGUUUGUCACAGAGGUUAGAUAUCGCUGUAGACAUUGUGGAUGCUUUGGACUAUCUUCACAAUGAUUGCCAGCCACCGGUCAUCCAUUGUGAUCUCAAGCCAAGCAACAUUCUUCUCAAUCAGGACAUGAGAGCUCGUCUUGGGGACUUUGGAAUUGCUAGAGUUCUAGAUGAAGCAACAAGCAAACAUCAUAUGGACUACAGUAACUCCAUAGGAAUCAGAGGUACCAUCGGAUACAUUGCUCCAGAAUAUGGAGAAGGGCUUGCGGUAUCGACUAAUGGUGAUGUCUUUAGCUUUGGUAUCACUUUGAUUGAGAUGUUUACAGGAAGGAGCCCAACAGAUGAUAUGUUCAGAGAUGGAAUCAGCCUGCAUUAUUACGCUGAGGCAGCUCUUCCUGACAAGGUUAUGGAGAUUGCAGAUUCCAAUAUCUGGCUGCACGAUGAAGCAAACAAUAGCAUUGGUAAAAGGCAUAUAACAAUAACCAAGGAAUGUUUGUCUGCUGUCAUUCAACUUGGUGUCCUAUGCUCAAAGCAAUUGCCAUUGGAGCGGUUAUCAAUGAACGAUGCCACUGCAGAGAUGCAUGCUAUCAGAGAUGCAUACAUUAAUAGUCAACAACUUAGUGAUGUCGAAUCAUUUUAGUAACCACUGCCUUAUAAUGUUGUUGAAGCCUGCAUUAUACUUGCUCUUUUGUGGGUCUGUUGUAGAACUUAUAAACUGGUUCCGUGUUGUCCAUAUCAUAGGCAUCAUUGCGAAGGACAAAAACAGCAGGUUGGCCAUGAGUUUCUUUCAGUCAACUUGUCCCUGCAUUAAGAAGAGUAUAACUGUGGGAAAAAAUUGAAAUCCA